AUGAACGCAAUUUCAUUCGGAACUCCAUUUACGCCGUUAACGUAUCCUCCUUGGCGUAGUACGACGUCGGAUCGCAAUUUCCAUCUUCCAUCUCUAACUCUACCAGUUCCGUUCCGUUCGCAAUUUCGAUUUCUACACAAGCAGCGCAACCACCGGAGUCUCUUUCUCGGCCAGUCAACCAUGUCCGGCGAUAUCCUGCAGCCGAUGGAACUGACAACGGAGUCCGAUUUCGAACAGAUUGUUUCUCCCGAUGGAACAUUAUCUAUAUGCGGCUUCGGUUCCUUGCUUUCUGAACGGAGCGCAAGGAGUACGUUUCCCGAUCUGAUCAACUUCAGAGUUGCAAAAUUAAACGGAUUUAGACGUGUUUUCGCUCACGUUGCUCCCAUUUUCUUCGAGCGUGGAAUUGCUAAGCCUGAAACUAAGGAAAUUUCAAGCUUGAGUGUGGAGCCAUGUGAAGGUGAAUCACUUAUAGUUACUGUUUUCGAAAUCAAAAAGUCAGAGAUUCCAUCCUUCAUUGAGAGGGAGCAUGAAUUCCGAUUUUUAGCUGUCCUCCCUGUAACACUAGAAGGUAGCCAGUAUACUACACCCGCUGUUCUGUGUGCACGUUAUAGCGAUGAGGAAUAUUUACAGAAUAGAUGCAAAGGAAGCCAAGAGGUGUACCAUGAGCGAUAUGGACGAUUUGGUAUUGAGAAGAUUUGGAGAGAUGAUGUGCUUCCUUGUCGUGUUUAUUGUCGGCAUUGCGUAUUGGCAGCAAAGAAUCUUGGGAAUGAAGCGUAUGAGAAUUUUUUAGAUCAUACGUAUCUUGCAGACCGUAUAACAACCCUUGGGAAAUACUUGGUGACAACGGGUUGUGGUAUCAUGGAAGAAGAACCACCCGAGGUUCUUAAGGUUCGAUAUGGUGGUUAGUCUUGAUUUUGCUAUUUUUAGCAGUAUGGUUCCUAAUUUAAAGGGUUUUAAAUUAGGAACCCGAUUGUAGGCCAACAUUUCAAUGUUGGCCAUAACAUUUGCGAGAUGAGAAUUUAUAAUGUCAAUGUGUAUUAGGCUGGGACUCGAGUGAUAUGUGAUUUCUUUUUAUCAUACCCAUGGUGGUGAUAGGACUCGCUUUAUUUUUUGUCUGUGCAAAAAAAGACGUAAAUGCCCUUGUCAUCCUCAUCAACAAAAAUAUCUAUAGAAACCUUGUCUAGUCUAGUUUUGUUGUGUGUAUCAAACACAAGGUAAAUGAGGUUUCAGCGAGACAUUGUGGUU